AGAAUUAUCAAUUCCAGCACAGUUCAUAAAAAGGAUGCAGAGAAAGCUGCUUGCAAGAUAAGUCCACAUCAGGAAAUAAGGAGCCAGCGUCUUAUUUAAUUUAUAUACAGGAGGCUAAAAAUGUGGAAACAAUGUCAAAACAUUCAGACUUCCUAAAACCAAAAAUAUACGCGAUAAAUAAAUUGUUGGAGUAUUUUUAUGGUGUUAAUGAGGACAUAAAGUGUCAGGCAUUUUUUCAGUUUUCAGUUAACCCUGCGUGUCCCUGUCUGUAUUUAUCAACGUUAAUGACGUGAUGUUUUUCUGGGCUGGCAUGUUGGUGAAGAAGCCCGGAAGCUUUGACAGGCAAUGAGUGCACAUCUCAGUUAGACAGCAGAGCAGCUCAGAGCACAGCAACCAGCAGACCGUGAUGGAGUCCUGCGUCAAAGGUACGCUGUGGAUGAUACUUACCCUCCUCACUCCACCUCUCUUUGAUUGCAAGACGUUUUGCCCUAAAAGCUGUGAGUGCCAAUCUGUUGGUCACAUUUUGUGCCGUGACCGUAACGGCAGAGAUUUGCUGCAGCUGCUGACUGUCCACACAUACACUCUGCUGCUUGACAAGGCCAACAUGAAUGUCCUCAGUGAGAAGAGUCUGUCAAAUAAGACUCUCCUGCUGCGCUUUGGUGUGACCAACAGCCACUUGCACACCAUCCAUCCCUUGGCAUUUCAUGCAGCUCCUCAGCUCAAGUCCAUCAAGCUGACAGAUAACGAUCUGUCUACUCUUCCUGCUCAGGUGUUCAGUCCUCUCUCUGUGAUCGAGGAGAUUUACUUAGAUGGAAACCAGCUUGAGAUCAUUGGUCCUGAUAUGUUUGAGGGCCUGGACAGGUUGCUGAUUCUGGAUCUGAGCCGCAAUAAGAUCAGAGAUCUCCCUCCAGACAUGUUUGAUGGACUAAGCAACCUCUUUCUUCUGAACCUUGGCAGGAACAACAUAAAGAAGCUAUCGCCAACAAUUUUUCACACCCUGACUAAACUUCAGCUACUCAGAAUGUACUACAAUGAGUUGGAGGUGUUGGAGCCGGGGAUUUUUGAUCGGCUGAAGAGCCUCAAUGUUCUGAGUCUCCAUCACAACCAGAUCAAAAGCCUUCCACCUCGGGUGUUUUGGUCACUGGAGAACCUGACAGACCUCACCCUGUCCUCCAACCAGCUGAAGGGUGUCCCACACAAGAGCUUCUACAACAUGACAAAACUUAAAAAACUUACAAUUUACAGCAAUCCCCUGCUAUCUUUGCCAGACGAACUGAUGGGCCACAUGCCAGACAUGACACAGUUUUAUUUGUACGACACAAACCUCAUCACUGUUCCUGGAAACCUGUUUGCUAACAUGUCUGGACUUCUGGAGCUGAACUUGCAUUUAAAUGACAAGUUGAGGUACUUACCACCAGAUCUUUUCUGCUGUCUUCCCAACCUUAAAAAGCUCUCCCUUAGAAACAACAGUCUUCAGGAUCUUCCUCCCAACCUUUUUUCCACGCUAGCCACAAUGAAAAUUCUCCUCCUCAACGACAACAAAUUGAAGACCCUACCAGAGAACAUUUUUCAGGACCUCACAUCACUUGUUACCAUCGAUUUGAAAAACAAUGACCUAAAUACACUUCCUGGAGAUAUUUUCUUGUCAAAUACAGCCUUAAAAGCUGUUACUCUGAGCGAAAACCCCUGGAACUGUGAUUGUGCUAUAAGAGAAUUUGUAAGGUGGAUCAGAGAAAAUGAUCGCAUUGUUCUUGACAAAGAUGAUGUGAUAUGUCACAGUCCACUGUUUAGCUUGCUGCGGGGUCUCCACACUCUGCCUGAUGACGAAUUCAGCUUUUGUGAUGAGAAAACUACGGGCAGUUUAUUUCUGAUACAAACUGUCUCACAUGAACCAACCCAAACACCUUAUUACACUUCUGUCACUCCAACAACGAAAUCAACCACCUCAGAAACCACAACAUACUCAGCGACGGUUUAUACCUCAGCCUCCAGUCAGGCUGAUACAAUUCCCAAUGGACUACCUGUUUUUCAUGACGUAUUGAUGGUCAAACAGGGGCCUGACUAUGUUCACCACGACACGCAAACACCAUAUUACACUUCUGACACCCCAACUACAAAAUCAACCACCUUAGAAACUACACCAUACUCACCAAUGGUUUAUACCGCAGCCUCCAGUCAGGCUGAUGUAACUCCCAUUGCCUCACCUGUUUUUUAUGAUUUAUUGGUGGUUGAAGAGGGGCCUGAGUAUGUUCACCACAACAUCCACAAACACUGGGUGUACGUGUGGUUUCUGCCAUCCGGUUCGGCUUUGGUUGGAUCCAUAAUGUUUUGUUAUAUCCUUCUUUUAGUCGUGGGUUUGGUGCUCAUUCUCGCUGCCAUUUAUGGCAUGCAUCGUCUCGGCACAGCCAUGGACAAGAUAAAUGCUGAGUGUGCACAAAAUGAGGAGCACACCAUGUUAUCAGACUUGGUGCACGCUUGAAGAUAAACACUCCCUUUCCACAAGCAUUUUUUCCCCAAAUGGCUACUAUAGUAUGUUGUCUUUAUUGCCUAAUGUGGCUUUUUGUUUGUUUAUUGAAGAGUAAAAACAGAUUUACAAACCGUAUAAGAAAAACAUAUGUAUUGUAAGAAAAAAUUAAUGUCCUGGAUGAAACUCAUUUAAUGGCAUAUUUUUUUUCUCCUUCCACUUGUUAUUUUGUCAGUUUGAAGUGUGUGCACUUUUCAAUUUUCAGUAAACAGCUUUUAUGUUACAUCUAUUACAUGCAAAAGAUAUAAUGAGGCAAACUUGAUGGACAAGUCUUCAUAGCCUCUGAACCAGAACAAAAUUACUGCAAUAUAUAAUAUCCAGAAAUGAAUUUAUAAAAGAAAAAGAAGUUAUUAAAUGGGGAUUUGUUCCCCCCAGUGGCUGAUGAUAUAUGUGAACUACUGUCUUUGGAAAGUGUCAGUACCAAUGAAAAUGUUGCAACAGUUUGGUAAUGUAAAAGUACUAUUAUACUGAUUAAAGCAUAUUGUCACCUUCCUAAAAUAAUGGCCUAAGUCCAUUUUUUUACUUAGUGCUCAGUGUCUGGAAACAAAAGUGGCCAUUACUUUAGGAAAGUGGCAACAUUAUAUGAAGAUAUAACUUAAAUAUAACAGUGGGAUUGAAUGUAAAGGUAACUGCUGUACUUGAAGUGAAAAAGUAUUAUUUAUUUCAAAUGCAGGUCCUGGUGUCAUAUGUAAUGAA